AUGAAAUAUAGACUUGUAAUUUCCUUGUUCCUUCGUGGUCAUCUCACUCCCAAUUUGCCAUCUUUUCUUCUUCGAUCCACCAGUGGUGUUUUCCUUCCCCAUGCUAGUUUCCUACAUGGUGCUCUCUCAAGGUCUACUUCUGGAAUCAGGUUCUCUACUUUUACUUCCUCAAGCAAUUCACAUGAUGGCAGUGAUUAUGAACAUGAAGAUACUGCUGAUACUGACCCUUCACUAGAUUAUAACGAACUAUAUUCUGAUUUUUCCAAAGAAGAUGUUGAAACAAUUGAGGCCAUUUUCAAACAACCCGGAACCCAUGUGCAUAACAAACUUGAGCAAUGUGGUGUAAGGCCCACACACAAUCUAGUUACUGUCAUUCUUUCUCGUGCACGAAAUAAUUGGGAAGUUGCAUUCACUUUCUUCAUAUGGGCCAGUAAACAAACAGGUUAUGUGCACUCUGUGCGUCAAUACCAUUCUAUGAUAUCUAUACUUGGAAAAAUGAGGAAGUUUGACACUGCAUGGUCACUCGUUGAGGAAAUGAGAGGUGGUAAAGAUAGACCAUCUCUUGUGAAUUCUCUGACACUCUUGAUCAUGAUAAGGAAAUACUGUGCUGUACAUGACGUCGGAAAAGCUAUCAGUACUUUUUAUGCAUUUAAACGGUUUAAUUUAGAUAUUGGAAUGGAAGAAUUUCAAGACCUUUUGUCUGCCCUUGCUCGCUACAAAAAUGUAAAAGAUGCCGAGCACUUGCUUUUUUGCAAUAAGAAUGUUUUCCCGUUGAAUACCAAGAGUUUGAAUAUCAUUCUAAAUGGAUGGUGUCUUGCCCUUGAUGAUUUAAGUGAGGGAAAGAGGAUUUGGAGGUUGAUGAAGGAAAAAGGGAUUCCCCGUGAUGUUUUUUCGUAUUGUAGUAUCAUGUCUUGCUAUUCGAGGGCUGGUAGACUCAAUGUUGUGCUUAAGCUUUUCGAUGAGAUGAAAUUGUAUGGGGUUGCACCUGAUGUUAAGGUUUAUAAUGCUGUCAUUCAUGCUCUUGCAAAAGGCAGGUUGGUUAAACAAGCUAGGAGUGUGAUGACGAUGAUGGAAGAGAAUGAUCUCGCUCCAAACGCUGUUACUUAUAACUCAUUAAUCAUGCCUCUCUGCAAAGCUCAAUUACUAGAUGAAGCUCAAGAGAUCUUCAAUGAAAUGAUUCAACGAGGCAUACAUCCUACUGUCCGAACUUACCAUGCAUUGCUUCGUAGCCUGAGGACAGGGGAAGAAGUGUUCGAGCACUUGCAGAAGAUGAACACGAUGGGAUGUAUUCCAACUCAUGACACUUAUAUAAUGUUAAUCCGGAAGUUUUGCCGAUGGUGCCAACUUGAUAAUGUUUUCAUGUUGUGGGAUAAGAUGAGCAAGAUCGGCUUGGACCAUGAUCGAAGUUCAUAUAUAGUGCUGAUACAUGGACUCUUUUUGAAUGGGAAGCUGGAGGAGUCGUACAAAUACUAUCAAGAAAUGAAGCAAAAAGGUUUACUGCCGGAGCCCAAGAUAGAUGAAAUGCUUCAAGCUUGGGUGGCUGGCAGGAGAGAUUCUCAAGAGAAUAAAGUAACAUGUCAUCAGGAGAACAAAAAGGUGGUCAAAUUUGAAAAAACUGAUAAAGAAAGGGAUUUCCAUAAAAAACCUGAAAUGAGAAAAGUUAUGAGAGAGCGUGGCUUUUCUUUCUGGGAUCAAUAGAUUCAAUGUUGAUUAUAAAAUUACGGUUGGGAAUCUGGCUCGGGUCACUGUACAUACAGCAGGUCUCGGGAUUCUCAUGAAUUAAAGUGAAGAGGAGAUGCAGUGAAUGACUUGUCUAUAGAGGUACUAAGAGUAAUAACUUUCUUGCAUUACAUGGUGGGGUUUGUGUUUUUUCCUGUAACUAGUGCAAGAAAAUUUAUUUUGGUUGAUAAGCCAAUAUGGUGAGUAACUGUUUGCUUAGAUUGGGCAAUGCGUUUAAGCUGGGACUCCAGAAUCCAUUUUGGGGGCAGAAAGCAGGCUUGGAGAUUAUGUAGAAAUUUCGGUUGCCCAACAGAGAAUGUGGUUUCGCAAUUCGAAAUUCUUCUAUUCUGUGGCAUCUGCAGGAUGAACUGACUUGCAUGUGCUUGAAGCGCCUGCAACUUUAGCAGCAGCAAAGGCAAAUUUGUUUGUAAUAGACCAGAGAAAGAACUUUUCAAUAGUUGGUGCCCUUUCUCGUGCAUUUGCUAUACCAUCAUUAUCAGGGCCUGCAUUUUAGGU